AAAUACGGAUUUUUAUACAUGCAGUUUACUUCUAGUGGGAUAUAGCUAGAUAUAUGAUGCUUAAGGAGCAUCUUCUCAGAGAGCAGGAUAAAUAUCAAGACAGUGUGGUUAGCACAACCAGAGGCACUCACAACUAGAAUAUCCAACUAUGUCCUGUGGGCUUUGGGAUGGGGAAGGUGGGUGAGAAGAAAUGCAACAAUUGUUAGCUCAGGUGCCAAUCUUUAAAAAAAAAAAUAGACAUUGUGGCAUGUAUGUGUGCACAAAACCUGGUAAAUAAAGUCCUGUGCUCACUUUUGCUCCCUGUGAAGACAUUGACAUCACCCAUGCCGCCAAGGAGCUGAGUGAUUCUGGCGGGUCCCUUAACCUCUUCAGACGGGAUAUUCUCAUCUACAGAAUAAGGGGCAGGAGGGGUGAGCGGUCACUGAGUGCUGUGGAAGAGCCCUAGCCUUGGAAGAAGAAACUGUGCAUUCCAGACUCUUAUCGCUGUGUGACCUAAUCUCUCUGGGCCUCAGUUUCUCUAUCUAGGGCUCAAAAUAGGGAGCAGAACAGCCAGCUCCAUGGAGGUGACCUCAGCUGUGGAGAGAAGUGACCCCGAGCCACAGCCAGAUAAUGGACACCUCCCAAGACCCUGGCCCUGUCCUCAAGAAGACAGAACAUGCAGCCUGAUGGCCCCCCAGCCUUCCAGGGCGUGGGGGAUACAGUUCCAAGGCCCUUCUGUGCUGGAGUCCAAGGUGAGGGCCUUGAAGGAAAAGAUGACAGCAGGCAAACAGGGAGCCAGCCCCUGCCUCACUUCCCACGAGCGCCCGUCACCCAAGAAAGCCAAAGCUAGACGAGUCAAGGUGGGUAGAGCCAAGACUCCAUCAGAGGGGUCUUCCCUUCCAGAUGCUGUGGUGGUCUGCCAUGCUCAGAACCUGACCGAUGGGCAGCUGGACAGCAGUGUCAAUGAGGAAGAACCUACCAGGAACGGGGGCCCCAGGCUUUCCAAGUCGCCUGCCCCUGGGCUUGAGUGCUGGAACAGGAGGAGCCGGUGGCCUCCAGAAGCUGUAGGGACACUGCCUGACCGUGAGAGAAGUCUGCUGCCGGGGCCUGGCUCUCUGCAAGACAGUCCCACGCACAGAGUCACUCCUGGCCAGCCUCGGGACCCUGGUCCUUGUAACAAAAUCACCCCCAUGCCCAGACUGAGGAAAGGAAGGUCAUAUCCCCUUCAGGAUGGUCUGGUCACAGGGGGAGACCUGGACAGCUUGUCUCUGACCUGCAAGGAGGACUUUGUCCCGAGGCCGGGCCUGCUGGGGGGGCUCUGGAGAGCUGGAGACCUGGGGGCUCUGGGUCCUGGGUACAGGGCCUUGUCCCUGUCUGAUCGAGUGGAGAAGAACCGCCUUCUGCUGCAGGAGAUGCUAAGUGUUGGGGGACAGGGCCUCCCCAAGGUGGGAAUCCCAGCCUGGACUCCAUCCUGGGACAGAGCUGUACCAGAGCGACCAGCAGGGGACGUGGACUGGGACUCGGGCAUCUCCCUGCAGGACUCGGACCAGAACAGGACCUUUGGUCCCAAGCCGGAGCCCGUGCAGAGCCCCAGGCAUGAGGAAGCCAAGCAUCUGCUGCAGCGUGCCCGGAUGAAGGCCAGGACCCGGCCCCUCCGUGCCAGCCAUGAUAUUGUGCCCGCCAUUGCCCAGGGCAGCCGAGAUGGCCAGAGGAGCCCAGCCCUGGGCCCAAGGAUGACCUUUGCCUGCAGAGACAACCUCCAGAACGGGAACACCAGUGACUCCUCCAGCGGGGAGAGUCCGAAGCGGGGCACCUCCCCGUCCCACGUCCGCUUCGAGGAUGAGUCUGCUCGCGACGCUGAGUCCCGCUACCUGGAGCGUCUGCAGCAGCGGCAGCGCCACGUGCUCAGCUCCGCGCUGCAGACUGUGGACCAGGGCCCCCUGCGCUCCAAGCCCGAGCUCGCCGCCUACGUGAAUGGGGGCUUCCAGCGCAGGGACGCCGUGGAGGGGGCCCUCCGCAGGCCGGUGGGCGGGCGGGAUCGGAGGGCCCUCCCCGCGCCGCAGCCCGCACGGGGCAGGGAGAGGAGGUGCCGAGCCUGUGGCAACUGCAUAGAGGACCGACGCCCCGCCCAGGGGAAGGCAGCCCCCGACCCGAGGGCCCACCAGGAGCGCAAAGCUGCCUGUGGGACGGAGAGGUUGCUGGCGGAGCCCCUUAGUGCUCGAGGCCGGAGCGCCCCCAUCAGGCUCCUUCCUGUCCCCCCGGGGCUGCACGCCAAGUGGAUCCGGGAGACACACAUCGGAGCCCCUGUGCGCCCUGAGGAGGUGGACUCUGCCCUGGACAGCACGGACACCUCCGACAGCUGCAGGACCGACAGCGAGGAGGCUGGGACCUCUCAGCCCGACAGGACCCGCAGCCCGGCCCGAGGCAGCAGCCCCCGGCUGCCGGGCUCCAGGCCUCGAGAAGGCCACAGGUGGUUCCGGAAGGCUGAAAUGGAGCUGCCCCGGUGCCCUCAGGCCCCGCACUGCCUGCCUGGGGUUGAUCCCCUGGAGGUUUCAGAUGAGGGGAAAGAAGGCAGAGCACACACACCCGAGGGGACUCUGUUUCCCAGAGAAGAUGCUUUCUCUAAGCCUCCUGUCCUGGAAUCUAAGAGGACUUCCCUGGGAUCCCAGGGGCAGCCUGGACCAGAGCUGGGAAAUCACUGGGCUCACCCCGUGGCUUCCCUGGCUCAGUACAGGACAGUCUGUGCCACGGCCUCUUGCAUGAAGCUGGUGUCCUCGGGGCCGGGCAGGCAAGCCCAGGUUCUAGAAAGCCACCAGUCUCUGGAAACUGUCUCUGCUUCCUCCCAGCAACAGAGCCAUGCAGAGCCCUCUGCCCCCCACCAGGCCGAGCAGCCAACCGCUUCCUGCUCCCCCAAAGGCUGGGUGCCAACCCCUCCCUCUUCAAGGAAAACCACCUCACCUGUGUCUCACAGGAAGGCAGCCCUGGCUGGGCCCCGCAGGCCCGGUGACCAGGGACAGCCUGCGGACACCCCUGUGCCUCCUUCAAGAAGUGUAGUUCCCAGGACCUGUGAACUCAGCCCCUCGCAGACCCAGCCCUGCAGCCCCCAAGUCAGGCACGCACUGCUGGCCCUAUCCACCAACAACUGUAACAACAGCGUGCCUCGGGGGCUGCAGGAGCCCCAGGAAGGAGCCGUCCGCGAGGGCAGAGUGGAGAAGGGCCCCCGAAGCCAGGAGCCUGAGGCACCCCUGGAGAACCAUGCAGAUGGAGGACUCCAGGGCUUUCUCGGCUCAGCAGCUGCCAGCACCAUCAGCUCUAAGGGUGUCACCCUCUCCCUGGCCUCAGAGGAGCCAGAGUCCAGCCAAGAACCAGAGGGAGGCCUGCAGAGGACAGAGUUGAGUUCUGGAGGGCAUGCGUCAUCCCGAGCAUUACCAGGGGUCAGCGCGGCUCCUGGCCCACCCUCAGCCGCCCCUUCUGACAGGAACAAGAAAAGCAGCAGCGGCAUCGCCUCCACCCUGGGGCUGAAAAAGUUCUUCUUGGCCCUGGGCCAGGGCACGCGGCCCAAGUUGGGCAAGUCGCGCAGCUACAGCGUGGAGCAGCUGCAGCCCCCUGCGCCUGGCCCAGCUUCACACACCAGCACCCCCAAAGUGAAGAGAGCCCCAUCGUUACAAUCCCUCCGUGUGGUGUCACCCUCUCACCAGCAUCGGAAAGCUGCCUCCUUUCAGAACCUCCAUUCUCUGCUGAGCGGCAAGGUGGACCGGUCCAGCCUCUACCUGGUAGGGGAGCCCGGGGCCCACAGCGCGGCUGGCAGGCCAGCCAAGGCCCCACCCCGGCGUGCCCUCAGCAUCGAGGACGUGGGUGCCCCCAGCCUGGCGCGCACAGUGGGUCGCGUGGUGGAGGUCUUCCCAGAUGGCACAAGCCAGCUGCAGCUGCAACGCUCCCCAGAGGGCACUUUCGGCUUCUGUGUGGCCUCGGGGAACGGGCGUCGGGACUCAGGGUUCUACGUGCAGGAGAUGGCCGACGAGAGCACGGCCAAGCUGUACUCGGGGCUGCUGGGGCUGGGGGACGAGAUCCUUGAGGUGAACGGGGCCAAGGUCGCGGGGCUGGGCUUGGCUCACAUUCAGGAGCUCCUGGCCCAUGCGGAGAGCUUGUCCAUCCGCGUGCUGAGGCAGAGGCCUGUCCCACGGUGACCCAGAGGUGCUUUUGACCUCACCGUCCCCCCUUGGAAGCCCUGACCCGCCCCGGGGAGGUGGCUGGGGUGCGCUGACAGAGCUGAGCUGCUUGUUCCCCAAAAAUGAAGAGCACAGUGGCACGUAACCGCCUGGGCUGUGGCAGGGCCCCCGCGAUUGACCCCCCGGGGGAGAGGGAAGCAGCCUGCUGGUCUGCUUUGUGUAAGGAUGUCACUUCAUGCAGAGCUGGGGACAGAACGCACAGGUCUCCCUCCGCGCCCAGCCCGAGGUGGUGGCAACAUCUUCCUGCACCUUUGUUGGCAGGGGGAGGAGAGGGAUUCAGUGGGUCCUUCGGUUGGUCCCUGAGUGUCGCCUCCCCCCAGGUCCCGUCCCACUCUCUGUCAAGGGCUCCCCCAGCCUCUCACACUCCAGAACCAGAAAAAGUGCUUGCCCAUGUUGGCCUUGAGCCUGCCUUUGUCAGUCUCUUUUCUCCCUGCUCCCAUUCGGCACCUUUGCUCUUUUUCCAGAAAUGGGCAAAGUGUCCUGGAGUAACAGUCUUACAGCCAUUGACCGUAGCUUCCAAACCCCAAACUGGAACAUGUUGGUGGUUCUAAAACUAGAACAGGUCUGGUGUGAGAACAUCUGGGUGAUGUUAUUUGGUAGCCAAAAUAUUAAGAAUUUCUGGGAAAUUUUUGUGAUACACAAGGUUGAAGGAAAAAAAUGAAAUCAAUUUCAGGGAAGUGCAGCUGUGGCCAGUGGGACCGGCCAGACCAGCCCUACCCUCAGGGCCCGGCCCUCUGCCUUUGCCCAGAGCGAGGCUGGAGCUGCCUGGCUUCUCCUGUCGAGCUUAGACACAGGGCUGCAGCUGGUGGCAAGCUGUCCCCAGUCACGAGCUCUCUGCCCAGAUUCCCUGACGGCAGCUGUGGGUGGGGGGUGGCCAGCAGAGAGAGGGCGGGGCAUAGGCGGGGGUAUGGGCUGUCCCCCCUGGGCGCCUCCCCGCUCUAGGCCUCAGCACUACCCAAAGAGUUGGGACGCUCUGGGAGUGGAUGGCCGUGUGUCAGUCUUAAAUUAUUAAAAAGCAAAGCUGAAGCUUCUCCCACUCUGAGUUCUAAAUUCUAGGUGGAACACUCACUUGACCUUCACUAGCUGUGGGCAGGGGCCGCGGGAGGGGGGGGAGGACACAGGCGCAGCAGUGGGGAGGCCCCGGGUGGGGUGAGGCCAGGUAGCUGCCUCAUGAAGGAGGAACGGGGAGGCUCCAGCGGGUGUGCAGAGGGCCAGUGAACAGGUACUUGGGCCUUCAGGAUGUGACGAGAGCGCUGGGACACCUCAGAGACCAUCUGGGGCCCCCACAGCAAAGACGUGGCCCCACAGCAGGGAACUACAGGGGAGGGGAAACCCUGGCGGCUCCUGUACCCCAAUUCCUGGCCUUGAGGUCAUGAAACUUUGGGAAAAUUUCACUGUCAAAAAAGCUUCUAGGGGCAAAAGGCACCUCUGCUUUCCCAGUAUGGUGCUUUUCCAGUCCUGGCCAGGAAGAAGGUGGGGCGCUCAGGCAGGGUCAGGACAGGGCAGGGGGAGGACUCCAGGGAGAGAGAGCAUCUGCUUCUAUUACCUCCCAGGUGCGGGGCCAGGCUCUUGACACAUGUUAUUUCAUCCUUAAAAUCGUCCUGCCAGGUA